AUGGCCGGCUUCGACUUCUCCAACCACAACCGCAAUGCGGCCCUCCACGCCCAGGGCGUGCCCCUCCCCAAGGCGACAAGCACCGGAACUACCAUUGUCGGGUGCCUCUUCGAUGGCGGCGUGGUGAUUGCAGCAGAUACCCGUGCGACGAGCGGACCCAUAGUAGCAGACAAGAACUGCGAGAAGCUACACUACAUCGCGCCCCAGAUCUGGUGUGCAGGCGCCGGCACUGCCGCUGACACCGAGUUCACCACCGCCAUCAUCUCGUCCAACCUCGAGCUGCACGCCCUCUCCACCGGCCGCAAGCCGCGCGUAGUCACCUGCAUGACCAUGCUGAAGCAGCACCUCUUCCGCUACCAAGGCCACAUCGGCGCCUACCUCGUCGUCGCUGGCGUUGACCCCACCGGCGCACACCUCUUCACCGUCCACGCCCACGGCUCUACUGACAAGCUGCCCUACGUCACCAUGGGUUCUGGUUCGCUGGCUGCUAUGUCCGUCUUCGAGACGCAGUGGAAGCGGAAUCUGAGCAGAGACGAUGCCGUUAAGCUCUGCUCCGACGCGAUCCAGGCCGGUAUCUGGAACGAUUUGGGGUCCGGUAGCAACGUCGACGUCGCCGUCAUUACAGGAGAGAAGACGACGUUGAUGAGGAACUACCUUACACCCAACACCCGUGGCACCAAGGAGCGGAAUUACAAGUUCGCGAGGGGCACGACUGCGGUGCUCAACGAGAAGAUUAUCAAGAGAGAAGAGAUCAGCAAGUACGUUACUGUGCACGAGCUGCAGGACGACAGUAUCACAGCAACGGCCGAGACGAUGGAUGUAGACUCAUGA